UCGGGAGGUUUCAUCAGACCAGGCGCACAUGCCAUCCCCCUGACGCGUACUUCGAACAUUGUCGGUCUUGCCGGCGCUGUACCAAUUGAACUUACCUCGGGCCUCGAGGUGACCCCUGGCCUGGGCGGCCUGUUGUCCGGGGUGCAAGGAGCCGACUCGCACGGAGCACUCGUGCACCGGGGUUCGGGCAUCGCGACUCCACCGAUCACAGGCGAGCAGGCGGCUAAAAAGAAGCCGGCCAAGAUAUCCGAGAUUGAUGCCUAUAGCCGCUUCCUAUUUCCUGCCUGCUUUCUCCUCUUCAACUGCUUCUACUGGCUCUACUAUCUCAUUCUAUUUAAGAAGUAG